AUGCGUCUCCUUCUUGUUUCUCUUCUUGCGUGUGUGUCGGCCCGUCCUCUAUGGGUAGAAAAAGAUGUUAGCCUCGUCAUGGCGCCUAUGGUGGUGGAUGGCAUGCUGGCGACUGGUCAGGCCAGCAUUACCAACUAUGUGUCUGCGUCGGCAGUCUUGAUCACCGCUACCACCGAGUCUGCAGUAGUAACAGUACCGGCAUCGACAUCGUCAUGGAUAUCGUCAACGCCCAUCUCGUCAAGUACCACACAGUCAGCGCCAGUACAAUCCAGUUCAUCAGCUGGAAACGCUUUCUACAGCGGUGCUGCUGGGAUCGCCUAUUCGCCUUACCAGAAAAACGGCCAGUGCAAAACGCUGGAGAUGGUGACAGCCGAUAUGGCUGAGAUUCAAGAUUUUGGAAUAAUACGGAUCUACGCAACCGACUGCAACGUACUAGCAAACCUGAAGGCAGCAGUCUCGUCGAACCAAAAAAUCAUGGUUGGGAUUUGGGAUUUGACCAAGAUAUCUGACAGCGUCACUGCAAUUACCUCUGCUUUUGGCUCCGAUUUCUCCCAGAUACAGUCCGUUUCGGUGGGAAACGAGCUGGUUAAUUCGGGACAAGCCACGGUGCAGGACAUCCAAACUGCAGUCUCUAGUGCCAAAAGCCAGUUACAGGCCAUCGGGUAUUCCGGCUCGGUGGUCAGUGUCGACACACUCGUCGCCGUAACUGCGAAUCCCGGAUUGUGCGAAAUAUCUGACUUCCUGGCUGUCAACUCGCAUCCGUAUUGGGAUGGCAAUGUGGAACCCAGCAACUGCGGGCCUUGGCUCAAGCAACAAAUAGCGAAUCUACAGGCCACAUGCGGCUCGGACAAGCAAGUUCUCAUCACAGAGACCGGCUGGCCCAACAGCGGAGACGCCAACGGCAACUGUUGGCCGUCGCCGGAAAACAUGCAGACAUGCGUGGAAUCCAUCAACAGCGCGCUCGGAUCACAAGUACUGCUGUUCACUACCUACAACGACUACUGGAAAAACCCGGGACCCGAAAACGUCGAGCAGAGAUGGGGUAUAUUUGGAGAUCCCGCCUACUAG